AUGCUCCGCAACGAGCAAGCUUACACUCAGAACCGUGACCAACACUAUCCUGCUACCGAAGCUGCCUUACCCAGAGGCGUCGGUGGCGUUGUUAACAGUCUACUCAACCGGGGCCGCGAUCCGACCGAGCAGGAGAGGCAGCUGCAGUACACCGAAGCUCUGCGCAAGCAGGAAGUAGAGCAACAACGAGCAAGGGAACAGAGCGCGCGCGAGCAACAAAUUCAACGCGAAUGCGAAAUACGUCUCUUCCAGGAACAGCAGCAGCAGCAGCAGCAGCAGCAGCAGCAGCAGCAGCAGCAACAGCAGCAACAGCGCUAUGCAUCCAUACCCCAACAACACCGGGAUCAGCCGCAGCAUCCACCCUUCGCCUCGCCAGCAAACCGCCACACACCUACCCAGUUCGGCGAGGCGCCCCGUCCACCCCCUCAACCCCGCCAAUCCCAAGCCGCAUGGGAGGAACAGCGCGCCGCCUCCGCCCGCCCCGAAUUCGACCACCAGCACUCGCUGCUCCGCCAACAACGUGAACAAGAAGCGGCAGUGCGCCGCGAUCACGAAGCUCGAAUCCGCCGUGAGGAGGCCGAGCGCUCGCGGCAACAGCGCUUGCGCGAGCAUGAGGCGCGGCUGAGAGACGAAGAGGGCUGGGUGCAGCAGCCGCCCGCCCGGGCUGCUCCGGCGGUCCCUCAACGGCAUCGCGAAGACGAGGCGCGCUUUGGGGGCGGGGAUGUGAGGAUGCAGCAGGAGGCGUGGCGCAUGGGCCAGCCGGAAGCGAGAGGGCCGAAUGAGGGGAGAUGGAGAGAGGAGGAGGCGGGAAGGAGGGAGAGGGAGGAGGAGCAGUUGAGACGGAGGGAGAGAGAGCAGGCGGCGAAUUUGUUUGGGGCUGGGAACAGAGGCGGGCUUUUUGGUCCAAGAUGA